AUGUGCAGUAGAUGAUCCCUUGUUCGGCAGUGAACACCGGCCGAAUUCAAACCAGAAACAAACUUUGGAAAACGUUGUCAGCAAGAGAUGAUGGCUAAAAAACAACAAGACAACAAGAGCUUGAAAUCGACAUACAUUGUACAAUCAAAACAUAUCCUUGACUGUUUUAGCAUACAUAGAAAAUCAGUCCGGCACUAGGAAAACAAAAGAGAAUCUUCUCUCAGAUGCAGUUUUACAUAGAUAAAUACUCACUGGUUUCGGUCUGAUCAAUGCAAGACUAUUAGAAACAUGGAUUCACCAAGACUCAAGAAUCUUUCUACUCUUCUUCUUCACUUUCUGGUGAACAACCUUUUACUAAGUCAAGCAGUGCAAGAGAGGCUCUUCAGAGAAUAUAUAGGAGCUGAGGAAAAGAAUGUCAGAUUUUCAGAUGUGCCGAUCAAUUCCAGUGUUGAGUUUCACUUCCUUCUCUCGUUCGCUAUUGAUUACACGGACAAAGCACCCCCAACUCCCACGAAUGGUGAUUUUCGAGUCUACUGGGACUCUGAUAAUCUCAGCCCGUCUCAGGUUUCUGCUAUCAAGGCCAAGAAUUCCAAUGUUAAGGUGGCCAUGAGUCUUGCAGGCGAUACGGUAGGUGAUAAUACACAUGUCUACUUUAAUCCCACUUCUGUCAGCAGCUGGGUCGCAAAUGCAAUCCGUUCCAUAACACGGAUAGUGAAUGAGUACAAUCUGGAUGGAAUAGAUAUAGAUUAUGAGCACUUCAGUUCAGAUCCCGAUACGUUUGCUGAAUGCAUAGGAAGACUUAUGUUCCACCUCAAAGAGAACCAGGUCGUUUCCUUCACUUCAAUUGCACCUUAUGAAGAUGAUUCCGUCCAGCCUUAUUAUUUAGCUCUUUGGAGGAAAUACGGCCACCUAAUAGACUAUGUUAACUUCCAGUUCUAUGCCUAUCCAAAGGGCACAACUGUCUCUCAGUUUCUUAAGUAUUUUGACACCCAGACCUCCAAUUAUUAUGGAGGCAAAGUUCUAGUGAGCUUUGGGACUGACGGCAGCGGUGGGCUAUCCCCGAAGAACGGGUUCUUCAAGGCCUGCAGCAUUUUGCGUAAACAGGGGAAACUUCAUGGGAUCUUCAUUUGGUCUGCGGAUGACUCCAAGAAGGCUAAUUUCCAGUAUGAAAGACAGUCUCAAUACUUCUUAGCCAGUCAGUAAAGAUCCUCUUACCCAUCACUUUGUAGCAAAAUAAGAAGUUUCAGUUGUUGCAUUCCAGAAGCUGGACACAUUUUUUCUUCCUCUUUAUAUAUGUAUCCCAACAUUUCCAUUCUUCUUUGUAGUUUUGUCUCUCUUACAAGGCAGCCAAACCAAACUUGAACCUAGAACGGACAUAAGCCAUUUGGACUUCUCAGUAUUCCUCGGCUGAGGAUGCAGAAUAGCAUUUUGCUUCGUCAAUGCACAGCUUCUGGCUUCAUUUCCUGUUACUUACAAAUUAAAAUGAUAUAGCAAAAGAAUUUCACUUAUUGGUCAAUCUGGAAAAUUGUAAAAGAAUGAAAAAGGAAUUAAAGAUAAAAAGCAAUCAUCGUGACGUUAUAGCAAUUUGUGGCAUUUACAUCUUCAUAAAAUUGCUGGUUUUUUGUGGAUCAUCAUAGAUUCAAUUAUGCCUUUGAUCAACCACCAAAUUACUCAUUUCGAUUAGAUCACUUCGAGUAUGCCUGUUAAGACUCACUCCUCACUACUAUCUUCUUGUCUAGAAACCCAACAAAAAACUCACAAUAAUUGGAUAUUUGGUCAAAGGCAUAAUAGGAAUCAUUGGAGAUCCACAAAAAGCUGAGCAAUUUUACGAAGAUAUGCUUCUAUCUACAAAAUCCAUUUACAUCCAAAAUAUGUCACCAAAAGAAACCCAAUCAACAACUAAUAAAUUGUUAACCAUUAUGAUUUUAAAAAAUAUUCCCAACAAAAGUUAAAACUUUUUUACGAUUGGGAUUAUGUUAAAGCCUUCCAACAGUUCCUACUUAAACAAAAUGAGAGAAAUACCAUGUCCUUUUAUUUCUUACCCCAAAUCAAAAUAUCACCUACCAAAAUUCCUAAUUGGCAAUCAAAUGGGGGCAUUAUUUUAGACAUGAACAGUACAAGUAUCCCUCAAACCUUCUCUAAAGAUUUGAAAGGCACUUCUUUUCCAAGACAAUAUCUUCCCGACCUCCUUAAUUUCUUUUUCAAUUCAAUCUCAUAUAGAUACUUAAAGUCAAGCCACAAUUCAAGGCCCUGCAAACUGAUGAAAAUAUACGAAUUUUCUUGUUGGGUAACAAAAGUCUUGUCAAGUGUGGGUUUAAAUGGGUACCACCAAGUUUGAACACCAGCUGUUCUGAACUGAUUCCAAUAAAAUUCCAUGUAUUGCAAAUCUUCUAUCAUCUU